AUGGGCGGGCUCCACGCGCCGCAGCUAAGUAGGCCAAGCCAGCCGGAGCAUCGCCCGCAGGUAGGAGGGCGGGCCGGUGUUUGCCGACCAGCCUGCCUCUCUUCAAAACGGGAGAAGGUGGAGUUCCGGGGUUUCAGGGUGGCGAAGGAGUGGCUGAGAGAUCUCUUGGCUGUCUGCGAGAUUGUGAAGAAGCAAGCGCGAUACAGGUGGAGCGUUGGAGAGUUAAACAAAGCGUCCGCGGGAUGCCGACGACAAAGAAAAAGCGACGGCCCGCGCGCGUGCCGCCCGGCCGCGAUCGGGGCCGCCGGCGCCUGCCUCGGUGCGUCUUAG